AUUUCUACAAAGACAUUUUAAUUUUAAAACUUCAAAGUUAAUUACACAAAAUGCCUUCCAAAAAAAGUAAAAGUGGAACAGAAGUUUCCAAAAUGUCCAUCGCUAGACUGGUCCAAGACGAAAAUAUCGAACCUAUACCUGAAGCUAAAAUAAGAACAAUUACUAUUCAUGUAGAAAGCUAUCAAAAUAUAAAGCCAUUUUUUCCAAUAGCCGAUAUACAGACAAAAAUUAAAUAUGGAGAAGAUGUUGUAGGUGUUACAUCUGCGGUACCCAUAACGGAUGAUGAUUUUAUUCUUGUUGACGAAAAUUUCAGUUUCAUAGUGGAUAUUAAUAAUACGAAAGAGCUUGAUGCCCUUAUAAGUUCUCCAGCUACAUUUUUUGUUGAUCAAAUUCAAGGUGCAAUGGACAAAUCUCUUUAUCCACAAAUGCAACUGAAUACCCAAUUACAUUUAAUCCCGCCGAUCAAAUCAUUUGAUAGCAUUGUCAGCAUGUAUGAAGCUAUGAACAAUAAAAAACUAGAAAUAUCAGAAAAUAAGAAAGGCAAGAAUAAAGGUAGUGCUAAAGGCGCAGAGAAACCGAAAACAGACAAACCUGUUCGUAAAGAAUCCAAAAAACUUAUAAAAACUUCCCUAUCAAAAACAUCUUCUUCUUUGGAAACUAACACUGAAUCAGUUGAAGUUGAAACCACAUACGAAUCCACUGCUUUUGGAAUGUGUUGUUUGGACUUUCUACCAUUGUUUUAUGGUAAUAAACAAUUCACUCAAGCAUUAUUGAUUAAACCUUUGGAUCAUUAUUUUGACGAUAGAAUGUUAUCAUUCAAAGCCCAUCCAAAAGUGUUGGUGACGGUUUCUAUAGACGAAGAUUUAGAAUUGAGAGAUCCCACUUUUUUGAAUUUUACAUUAGAAACUUUAUUCAAUACGCCGUUAGUCAUGUCCGAAGACAUGGAUUAUUGGGCUUGCGUUAUGCUACCCAUGCAUACUGGCAAAAAAUCGCCCUUGUUAUUUACGAAUCCAACCAUGGUUACUGUCACCAAAGGGAAUAUUGCGAAGCUGUGGCCUGGUACAACUAGAGUUAAUGGCGAUGCAAACGCCACUCUAUAUACCACUCCGCUUUCUAACAAAGACAUAAUUUGUAAAUUUGAAUCGAAUUUCGAAAGCCAUAUAGAAACGGAAAGUCCCCGAUUGCAAUUUGCUAUGAUAAAGAGACAUUUAAUGUUAAAAGAUGCCGUCACUCAAUUAGUUAAUCAUAUAAGAGUAUACAGAAAAAUUGUCUUGGAAUUCUAUGUUAGCACCAAAGAGAAAAUUAAAAAUACUUCAUUGGGUAUAUAUGCUAAACCUCUUGAUUUCGGUGCCAAAAAAACUGGUAAAGUUGGACAAUUUUUACAUUUGAUGGCCGUAUUAGAUGUAGCUGCGCUGCUAUAUCCUGGUGUAAAACGGAUACGAGUUGCUGCUCCACUAACAACAUUUUCCGUUGACGAAGCUACCAAAUACGGUGGAUUGGAAGAUUCAUUUUUCGUUCCGAUCCCAAAAAAGGAAUCAAAGGAAAAAAACGGCAAAGAAACUAGAGAAAGAGAAGGAAAAGACAAUCUAUCAAAGAAAGAUAACAAAUCUAACAAGAGUUCUAAAUCAUCUAAAAUGAAACUAUCGAAAGGACAAGAUAUGGCAGAAAAACUUCCUUCUAAGCCAAUUCCACCACCAGAACCAGAACCCAGCGUUCCUAUUUAUAACGAAGAUGGAAAACCUUGUUUUGUUAUAGUCACCAUAGAACUAUCCAGUCCGUUAGUACUUACGCGGAAAAUUGAAGAUUUAAGAGAAGAAUUGUCGAUGUUAUUGAAAGAAAAAGAAGAAAAUAAAUUUCUCAACAAAAAAUGUUUCCUGUCCCCGUGUAUGACGUUCGAUUAUUAUAAAGAAGUGUUAGGGUCCAUGAUAACAGAUUUAAAUCAGAAAUUUAUUGUUUUUUUGGAGGAGAAUCCGCCACCAUCUACCGAAAAAGAAACUUUUACUGACAUCACCAAGAGAUUCCUAAAUUUUCUCAAAGUUGAGGGUAUCUAUGAAUCUUAUGUGAGUUCUAUUACUCAAGCUACCAGUUUAUUGGUGAGCAAAAAGUUUCAAAAGGACGAUUUUCAAAAUAGCAGAGAAUUUCAGAAGUUCGUUGGCGAGGUAUUUGUUUUUUUAAUAUCUAGAAUGAAUCAAAUCAUUAAUACCAUGAUGUGCCAUGGCAUGGAACCUACUACGGCAUUGGAGAAAACAGAUAAAUUUUUCUUUUUUGCUAAAGAAGCUUUGGAUGUAGAUAAACCUAAAUUGGCCGAAAGAUAUUUAUUAGAGAGAAUUUGUAACGAUGCAAACAAUGCAGAUUGUUGGUUAGAUUAUGGUGUAUAUCUUUUAGAACAAAGAGAAGACGAUAAAGCAUACGAGUGUAUGAAAGAAGCGCUGUUGAAACAGGAACAUAAAUAUAGCUUGUUGGUACUUGGAGUAUUGUUAUGUAACAAAGGACAAAAAGAAGAUGCCGAGACUUGCUUUUUGAAUUUAAUGAUUGAUAAUUCAACUUGGAGUGAAGGAUGGGCAAUUUUUUAUUUGUUUUAUCAGAAAAUUGAUAGUUAUGAGGGAAUGGAUAAAACUAUUGAAAUGGCGAAUAAAUAUAGUGAUCUGAAACCGCCAACUGAUUAUAUUGACGAAUUCGAUGAGUUGGUAUGGACUAGUACUAUUUGUCCUAAGACUGUAUUUUUUCGCGCAGCCAUACUUUUAUUGAAAUUAAGACUUUACGAGUGGUGCGAAUUAGCUUUAGCUCAAGAGAUAUAUUCAAAUCCAGGUAUCGUGAAUUAUUUAUUAGCAGCUAUCUGUUAUUAUAAGAAAUUGUAUCGCCAUGCCAUAGAUCAUAUCGAAGAAACAUUGAAAUAUUAUGGUUCCAAUUACGCUGUUUCGAGUCUUGCAGGUCAUUGUUUGAUGGCGUUAGAUAGAAAAGUCGAAGCGAAAGAGCAAUAUUAUCACGCAUUAGAAUCAUUUGAUCGCCCCGAUCACUUGCAUUUGACGAGUAUCAAUCUUGCGAGGGUAUUGGCGGAAUUGGAGGAGGAUCAAGAAGCAAGGAAAUUCAUUUUACUGGCGUGUAAAUAUAAACCUACACCAUAUACGUGGUAUCUAGCCGGCGUCUUGUAUUAUCAAGAAAAUGAUUUAUUGAGCGCCGAAGAAUGUUUUUCCGAAGGAAAUCUCAUGGAUAACAGAUUCGCUGAAAUAUGGGGGUAUUUGGCAUUGCUUAAUUUCAAAUUUGACAGACGAAACGAAGCCGAACUUUGUUUGGAUCAAGCCAUAAAAAAUAAUUUAUCAGACGACGACAUCAUACGACUUAUUGACUCGCAAAUGUCCUGCAGAACGAGCAUGAGUAAAUUAUUUUAGUUGUAUUAAAAUGUAAUAAAAUUGACGCAUUACAAA